AUGUUCCUCUCAAGCCUCCUGACAGGCUCGCUACUUGCCGCCCUCGCCCAUGGAGCUGCACUCACGGCAGAGCCGGCGGGCGACAUGAUGCCUCGGACCGACUCCCGCGGUCCGGUGCUCAGCAUUGUCGCCCCCAACAUGACUUCCAAGUGGCUAGAGAAGAGCGACUACGUCCAGAUCAUUGAGAUGUUCGUCGAGAACACCGAUGAUAGAGAGUACGUUACGGCCGCCCACGGACUUCAAAUAUCGGUCAAAUCGUCGUCCCUCGACACCUUAGUGCCCGGCACGCUGAAGCGCCUUGCGCCGAAGCAGUCUGCGAUAGUGCAAGUCGGUGUCAAGAACAAGCCCGGCGUCAAGCCCGGCACCGCCUGCAGCGCGGACAUUGUACCCGAGUACCGCGCAAGGCAUGGCGGUCCUGCGGGUAAGUCGGCCAAGGUGUCCGGCAGCUGCGGCAUCGGCGACUUUGAGGAGUCGGUGCAGAGCGUGCAGUCGCACAGGAGCCCGGACUGGUUCAACGACGCCAAGUACGGCAUCUUCAUCCACUGGGGCGUCUAUUCCGCGCCUGCGUACGGCAAUGUCGGCGACAAGGAGAACUAUGCCGAAUGGUACUGGAAGUGGAUGAACAGCAAGGGCGACAAAACAGCAACGUACGAAUACCAUUUGGAGACGUACGGCAAGGACUUCAAUUACGACGACUUCUUCUCCAACUUUACCGACAAAAAGUUUGACCCCAAGGCCUGGGUUGACCUCUUCUCCGAUGCGGGAGCCCAGUAUUUUGUCCCGACCACGAAGCAUCACGACGGAUUCGCCCUCUUCAACUUUUCAGAGUCCAUCAGUCGCCGGUCAUCUGUCCAUUACGGCCCGAAGCGCGACUUCAUUGGCGACCUCUUUGCGGCCGCGCGAAAGCAUCAGCCACACCUCCGCCUGGGGACGUACUUUAGCAUGCCGGAGUGGUAUAAUCCCGCAUACAAGCCCUACGCCAAGGAUAGCUUCCUCGGAGGCCCUCCGACAAACCCCUACACCGGUGCGGAGCUCGAGUACACCGGCUACGUCGAUGUCAACGACUUUGUGCGCGACAUCCAGCUACCUCAGAUGAACACGCUCGCGUACGAGUACAGCACCGACAUCUUGUGGUGCGACAUCUCAGGUUCUCCCAAUAACAUGACCAUCAUGGCGGCGCCGUGGCUCAACUGGGCGCGCGAUCACGGCCGGCAGGUCGCCUUCAACAGUCGCUGCGGGCUCACGGGCGACUUCGACACGCCCGAGUACACGACUAACAACGAGACGGUCGAGCACAAGUGGGAGUCGAGCCGCGGCAUGGACCCGCACUCGUACGGCUACAACUACCAGACCCCCGACGACAAGUACCUUACGGGCGAGAACAUUACGCGCACGCUCGUCGAUAUUGUCAGCAAGAACGGCAACUUUCUUCUCGACAUUGGGCCCGCGCACGAUGGCUCGAUCCCGGAGAUUAUGCAAAAGGGGCUGCGCGACGCGGGGAGGUGGAUCAAGGGGCACGGCGAGGCCAUCUUCAACACUCGCUACUGGAAGGUCACUCCCGGUCUUGAUCCACUGCGAUACACGACGACGAGCGAUGCGUUUUACAUCCACCAUCUGGGUGCGCCCCCAGCUAGCCUGUCGAUUUCGGAGCCGGUGCCGUAUUUGCCGGGCGACAAGGUCACGGUCGUAGGCGGCAGCCAGCACGGCAAGAAGGUCCCGGUGUCUUGGGACGGAAUCGGAAAGCUGACCCUCAAGCUGGGCGACGAGAUCGUCAAGGGGGACGAGUAUGUAUGGACAUUCAAGAUUGAGUACAAGUCGGGAGAUUGCACGGCCCCCGUGACGAGAAACGAGUAG